CGGGGGCCGUCACUUCGGAGUUGGGGCUGAGCAGUCCGCGGAGGAGAGCGUGCGAAGACCGCUGCAGCCGCUGACCGAAUUAAACCCAUCCACAGUAAUGGCUGCAGCCUUACCUAGGACCCUAGGGGAGUUGCAGCUAUACCGAAUAUUGCAAAAAGCCAAUCUACUCUCUUAUUUUGACGCCUUUAUCCAGCAAGGUGGUGAUGAUGUCCAGCAACUCUGUGAAGCCGGAGAAGAGGAAUUUUUGGAAAUCAUGGCACUUGUGGGCAUGGCUAGCAAGCCCCUUCAUGUUAGAAGGCUACAAAAGGCUUUGAGAGACUGGGUUACAAACCCUGGCCUUUUUAAUCAGCCACUGACAACUCUUCCUGUCAGUAGCAUACCUAUCUAUAAAUUACCGGAAGGAUCUCCAACAUGGCUGGGAAUAUCCUGCAGUAGUUAUGAAAGGAAUAGCAAUGCCCGGGAGCCUCAUUUAAAAAUCCCCAAAUGUGCUGCUACCACUUGUGUGCAGAGCUUGGGACAAGGGAAGUCAGAUGUGGUGGGGAGCUUAUCACUGCAGAGUGUUGGUGACUCCAGACUCUGGCAAGGCCACCAUGCCACUGAAAGUGAGCACAGUCUCUCGCCAGCAGACCUUGGCUCCCCAGCAUCCCCGAAAGAAAGCAGUGAGGCACUGGAUGCUGCCGCCGCGCUCUCUGUAGCAGAAUGUGUAGAGCGCAUGGCCCCCACACUGCCCAAAAGUGACUUAAACGAAGUGAAAGAGCUGCUAAAAACCAACAAGAAGUUGGCCAAAAUGAUUGGUCAUAUCUUUGAAAUGAGUGAUGACGAUCCACACAAAGAGGAGGAAAUUCGAAAAUAUAGUGCAAUAUAUGGCAGGUUUGAUUCAAAGAGAAAGGACGGGAAACAUCUCACACUUCAUGAGCUCACCGUUAAUGAAGCAGCUGCCCAACUCUGUGUGAAGGAUAAUGCUCUGUUGACUAGAAGAGAUGAACUUUUUGCCCUGGCUAGACAGAUUUCACGAGAAGUCACCUAUAAAUAUACUUACAGAACUACCAAGUCAAAAUGUGGAGAAAGAGAUGAAUUAUCCCCAAAGAGAAUUAAAGUGGAGGAUGGUUUUCCAGAUUUCCAGGAUUCUGUGCAGACACUCUUCCAGCAGGCGAAAGCUAAGAGUGAAGAACUUGCAGCUCUUAGUUCACAGCAGCCUGAAAAGGUGGUGGCAAAGCAGAUGGAGUUCCUUUGCACUCAAGCUGGCUAUGAGAGACUGCAGCAUGCAGAACGAAGACUAUCUGCAGGAUUUUACAGGCAGAGCUCGGAAGAGCACAGCCCUAAUGGCUUGACAUCUGAUAACUCUGAUGGACAAGGAGAAAGACCUUUGAAUCUCCGAAUGCCUAAUAUACAGAACAGACAACCCCAUCAUUUUGUGGUGGAUGGGGAGCUUACGAGACUUUAUUCCAGUGACGCCAAGUCCCACUCAUCAGACAACCUAGGGAUUUUAAAAGACUACCCUCACUCAGCUUUUACCUUAGAAAAGAAGGUCAUCAAAACAGAGCCUGAAGAUUCAAGAUAGCUGUGGAAAUGGCACCAGAUGUAAGGAUCAUGCUCCAUCAUAGAAAUAAGCCUUAAUAACCAAUGUUGCCUCAUUCAGCUCAAACAGAUUUCAUAGCCAAAGCCUAAGGACUGGUACAGUGGUCUGUGGAAACCAGCAAGACUGAACAACAGCCACAAAAGAGAAAAUGGAGAGUGUUGCAAUUUGUAACAGAAAUAAUUGAUCCUUUCACAUUCCUGUGUAAGUCCUCCUGUGUAUGGCUUACAAAUUAAUAUUGUAAGCAUUCAUUAUUUAAGAAUGUACAAUGUAUUUGUGUAAUUUAUAAAAGUGAAAUCUAGAUGUUGAGACCUGCUUGGUCCAAUAUAUAUGGAUGCAGUUUAUUUUACUUGAAAUUUUGUUGUCUCAGUGUAUUUAGUGUGAAUAUGAGAGUAAGUCAUAGUGUAGAAUCUUUACAGUCAUAAAAAAGACAGUUUAAGUGAUGUUAUUGUCAGGGUUGCAGUGACUGGAGUCGAAGGCAAAUACUCAAGAUAGCCAAGGAAACUUGUAGGGAUUUACUAUCUGAUAAAAC